AUGUUUGAUUUACCUUUGUUUGUUCUUCAGGAUCAUAGUCACAAUCCGGUUGCCGUCGCUGCCACCAUAGCCCACGAAGUAGGUCACAAUUUUGGACUGGAACACGACAAAGCGUCGUGCAAAUGCCCGACUCGUUAUUGCAUCAUGGCCUCCACUUCCAGUGGACCCCCUUCGCUUUACUGGUCUUCAUGCAGUCUCGAAUAUUUGUCGUGGGCAUUAUCCCACGGUAGCGACUACUGUCUGCACAAUAAGCCGAAGCGGCGGUUUGGCAGUCCGUUGUGCGAACAAUGUGAUUGCGGUCUACCAAACGUGUGUGACAACAAAUGCUGCAACGCGACCACCUGUAAGUUCUCGUCCGGUUCAGUUUGUGCGAAUGGAGAUUGCUGCGACGUCAGUACAUGCCAGUUCAAACCUGUCGCUUCAUUGUGCAGAAGGGCGAAGACCCAGUGUGACUUGCCUGAGUUCUGUGAUGGGAAGUCAGAAGAAUGUCCAGCAGACACCUACAGGCAUGAUGGCUCUCCUUGCAAAGGCAAAGAGGCUUACUGUUUCGAAAGUCAGUGCCUAACCAGAGAUGACCAGUGUCAGGUGAUUUGGGGCAUCACGGGAAGUUCUGCCGCCCUCGAGUGCUAUUCUCAUAACACGCGUGGCGAUCAGCAUGGUAACUGCGGCAUCAAUCGUAUCAACCAUUCUUUCGAGAGAGAUGUGUAUUGUGGCCUGUUGCAGUGCCAGCACAAGAACGAAAAGACGGUGUUGGGCAGCAAGACGAUCGUUGAACUUGGCUACUCAAUUCGAAGCACGAUCAUGUGCCAGACGGCGAUGAUCGACCUGGGCUACGACCACGACGAUCCUGGUUUCGUGCCGAAUGGAGCGUCGUGUGGUGAUGAUCUGGUGCUUAUUUUUUUGGAAAUUUUUUUGUUUGGUUACGCUCAACGUUUUCAGGUUUGCGUCCAUCAACAGUGCAUUCCUCUGAAAACGCUCUUUUCGAACAACUCGUGCGCCAGCAAUUGCAACUUCAGAGGGGUAAGUUGA